AUGACUGCCAUUCCUGCCCCUGAAAAUGAAGUCGCUACCGCGAACGUGGCUGAGGCUACUAUGACCGAAGUCCAAGAACCAGAAGAGAUGUCCCGGUAUCUGAAGCUCCCAAGUGUGAUCUUGAUCUCCAUUGUACUCUGCUUGGCCACUUUUUGCGUAGCAGUCGACAAUACGAUCAUUUCCACCGCCGUGCCCAGGAUUACCAAAAGUUUUGAUAGCAUUGACGAUGUGGGAUGGUAUGCAUCAAUCUAUCCAUUAACAUCUUGUGCAUUUCAACCAUCCUACGGAAAGAUUUAUUCGAUCUUCUCCAGCAAACGAGUUUUCCUAGCAGCCUUGUUCAUUUUCGAGAUCGGGAGUGUGGUUUGUGCGACCGCGCCAAGUUCUCAUGCUUUCAUUGGGGGGCGAGCAUUGGCAGGCCUUGGGUCGGCUGGCAUACAAGCAGGAACCACCCUCAUUCUUGCGGAGAGUGUGCCGCUACGCCAGCGACCGACAUGGAACAGCAUCAUCGGCAGUAUGUUUGCAGUUGGAAGUGUAGUUGGACCGUUACUGGGAGGAGCUUUUUCGGAUAUAACAACAUGGCGGUGGUGCUUCUACAUCAAUCUUCCUAUCGGAGGCUCAGUCAUGAUCUUCAUCAUCUUUUUCUAUACUGGAAAUCACGUUACCAACCAAUCUUCCGGGCCAAUCGGGCUCCGCGACCAAAUCGAGCGGUUCGACUUGGCUGGGACUUGCGUUUUUGUGGCAGCAACAGUCUGUCUUCUCUUAGCACUAUCAUGGGGCGGCACCACGUAUGCAUGGGACAACGCCCGCAUUGUCGUCCUGCUAACCAUCGCGGGUGUUUUGCUCUGUCUGUUCUACGGCAUCGAAGGCUGGAAAAAGGACAACGCCAUUAUUCCUUUACGCUUACUCCGCAGGCGAAGUAUAUGUGCCGCUAUCUUAUUUGGCAUCUGCCUCGGAGGCGUGUUCUUUGUCAAUGUUUACUAUAUACCGCUAUGGUUCCAACUGGUCAAUGGUGUCUCUGCCGUUGAAUCUGCAAUCCUAUUUAUCCCAUAUAUGCUUAGCGUUGUCGGCGGAUUCAUGCUCGCUGGCUUUGGGACCGCUGCAACAGGAUAUUACACACCUUUCGUUUAUGCCGGCUCAAUCCUCAUGUCAAUCGGCACUGGCUUGCUUACAACUGUGCAGCCUCAUCUAACCUCGCGGGCUAAAUGGAUCGGAUUCCAGAUUUUGUGUGGAGUCGGCAUCGGCUUCGGAGAGGAACAAGGAAUAUAUAUGGUGCAAACAACCCUCCCCGAAAAGGAUGUAGCAAUUGGUGUUGGCAUCGUCUUCUUCGCACAAACAUUUGGCGGGGCCCUCUUUGUGUCAGUGGCGCAGACUGUUUUCUUGGGAAACAUCAGCAAAGCACUAAAAAAGACGGCCCCUGACCUGGAUCCUCAGAGCGUUAUCAAUAGCGCAUCCGCGGGUUCUGCUCAGACAUCACCAGAAUUACAGGCAGUGUACGCCCCAGCAAUCAGGGAUGCUCUUCGGGUUGGAUUGAUAUUGGCAACUGUCUCGAGUUUAGGUGCUUUGCUGUAUGAUUGGAAAAGUUUAAAGGCAAAGAACGAUGAUGGCAACAAUGGAACUAGCAGGGGCCAUGGAGCAGAGCAGGAGGCACAAGUCCGAACAGAGGAAAAGAAGGAGUAA